AUGUGUUUCUCUUUACAGACAUCUUUGGCUCUGGUUUUGGUAUUUUGUGCCUUUGUCUCUUUAAGCAAUUCUUCCUGUUUCCAUGAACUUCCAAAAGCAGGGGCAACAGGUUGUAUCGAUGGCUAUGAUAAAUCCAAGCAUGCAUUUGGAAGUACUUCAAUGACAAACGACAGAUGUAUCAGAUGCCGUUGCACCUCCAAUGGAAUGUCCUGCUGUGACACUUGUCAUAAACAUUACAGCACAUGCACAUUUGAAGUGUUUCAUCCAAAAGAUCCCAAUAUUCAGUGUUCCUAUGGUGCUGUUGGAAAAUAAUUUCCAAUGAUUGAAAAUUCAAAUCAGUGAUGUGUAGUGCGUAUUUAGACUAAAAUAUCCACUGCUUUUGGAUCCAUCCCGGACUACGCUUCCAACUGAAAUUAAUAAACAACUAAAAAAGGUUAAAUAUUGAUAACCAAAAGGUCUGGCAUUCAAUGCUUUCCUUCUUAUUUUUAUCGCUAAAAAGUUCUUAUUUUAAAAGUGAAGCUAAUAAGAGAACAUCUUAUAUCUGUAAAAAAUAGUUUAUACCUUAGCAUUUGUCCAUGUAUAAAGGCCAAUGCAUGCUGGAAGAUAAUUUUACUGUAAAAUUACUGUAGAAUUAUUAUUUGAUUGUAUUG